GCCCUCCAUGGUGAAUUGGGGAUCCGUAUUAAAUGGCGAGGGGAGCUUGUCAAACCGAGAUACCGAUUUCUGUGCUUGUACUUAAAUUCCAUCUUCUCUUUCUGCGUCGUCAACUUCAACGGUUGUGCGUCCUCCGUCUCCCAAGUACCGAGAAAGGGUUAAACUUCCUGCUGCCUGACCUGUCUGUCAAACUCGUGAGACAGACCAGACCAUUGGGCCCCGGAAAAAUCCCACCAAUAGCUAGCCAUGGGCGUAGCGAUCAAGUCCGAGGGGGCCACCAUCUCCCCGACUCGCGUGCUGCUCGGUGCUGUCGUGACCUUCGUUGCAACACACUGGAUUCUCGUCCUGACCGGCGCCUUCGUUGUGCGGUUGCUGUACAAGCGCUACGCCUCACCUCUGCGCCACUAUCCCGGCCCCUUCCUCGCCUCAUUCACCCGGCUCUGGAAGGUCAUCUCCACGGCAUCGGGCAAUACUCACCUCGAACACAUCGAGCUCCACCGCAAGUAUGGCCCCUUUGUGCGCAUUGCCCCCAACGAGAUCUCCGUGUCGUCCCCCGAGGCGGCACGCACGCUCCUGAGUGCGGGCAAGCGUUUCCACAAGACCGACUUCUACGGCGUCUUCCCGCCGCCCGAGAACCCCGAUAUCUUCACCGAGAUCCGCGAGGAUGUGCACGCGCAGAAGAAGCGCGUCGCCAACGUGCCCUACAGCAUGGCCGCCAUGCAACAGCUUAGCCCCUUCAUUAACGACACCAUCGAGGCCUUCAUGAGCAAGAUCGACCAGCACAUCGCCACGCACCACGACCGCGCCACCAAGGCCGGCUCCAUCUUCGACCUUGGUGCCUACCUGCACUAUUUCGCCUUUGACGUUCUCGGUGAGGUCGCCUUCAGCCGGAGCUUCGGCUUCCUGGCCGAGGGCCGCGACGUCGACAACGCCAUCAAGACGAUCGACAAGUCGCAGGCCUACAACGGCAUUAUCGGCCAGAUCCCCGAAUUCGACCACCUGCUCAGGAGGAACCCGCUCUGGAAGUUCAUCCCCGCCCUGAGCACCAAGAACGCCCUCAUCACCCGGAUGGCCCUCGAGGAGAUGGAACACCGCAGACCCUUCAGCAAGGACAACGCCGGCCUGGCGAGGAGCGGCGACGGGCGCCGCGAUCUGAUGGCCAGUCUGAUCCAGGGACACCUCAAGGACCCCGAGCGGUUCGCCGAGGGCGACGUGUUCGCCGUCGCCCACGGCGCCAUCUUUGCCGGCUCCGAUUCCACCGCCUCCACCAUGCAGUCCUUCUUCUGGCACGUUCUCUCCGACGCGAGGGUGUACGCCGCCUUGACGGCCGAGAUGGAGGCCGCCGUGCGGGACGGCGUCAUCCCCUCCAGCGGCAACCUGUCGUGGGCCGAGUCGCAGGCCCUGCCCUACUUCCAGGCGUGCCUGCGCGAGGCGAUGCGCGUGCGCCCGGCCGUCGGCCUCAACAUCACCCGCUACGUCCCGCCCGAGGGCGUCGAGCUCGACGGCAAGUUCUUCCCCGGCGGCACCCGCAUCGCCGCCAACGGCUGGGUCCUGCACCGCGACCGCGGAGUCUUUGGCGACGAUGUCGAUGUCUACCGGCCCGAGAGGUGGCUCGCUGACGAGGAGACGGCGAGGAUUAUGGACAGGUACAUGUUCCAGUUCGGCGGUGGGAGCCAUGUCUGCAUCGGACGCAAUCUGGCAUUGCUGGAGAUCAACAAGGUCUGCCCGCGCCUCCUGCGCGACUAUCGGUUCGAGCUCGCACACCCAAGCCGGCCGCUCAAGGCAUUCGCCACCUUCUUCGUCGUCCAGGAAGGACUGGAGGUGUAUGUGGAGAAGAAGAAGAACUGAGGAUGGAAGAACUGAGGAUGGAAGAACUGAGGAUGGAAGUAGUGAGGAUGGAAGAAGUGAGGAUGCACGAGGUCCCCUAGCUCCAGCUAUAAGGACCGUCUCUCCUAUGGC